UAUUUUCGCACCGCCAAUCCUGCUUCCUUCCCCCUUCCAUUUUGUUAUAUGCGACACGAAACUUCUAGAAUCUUUUGACACCGAGCGGUUUCUUGCGCAUCUCAUGGGCCACCCGGCAGAACCACCGUCGGCGGCGGAGGAGUCCGUUCCUCCGCCACCGCCGCACGAGGGACAGCGGGCGAUCCCGACGCCGUUCCUGACGAAGACGUACCAGCUGGUGGACGACCCGUACUUCGACGACGUGAUCUCGUGGAACGAGGACGGCUCCACGUUCGUCGUCUGGCAGCCGGCCGAGUUCGCUCGCGACGUCCUCCCCAAAAACUUCAAGCACAACAACUUCUCCAGCUUCGUCCGCCAGCUCAACACCUACGGCUUCCGAAAGAUCGCAUCGGAUCGGUGGGAAUUUGCCAACGAGUGCUUCCGCCGCGGCGAGAAGAGGCUCCUCUGCGACAUCCACCGCCGGAAAUUGUCGCCGACGGCGAUCCCUUCGGCCGCCCCUGCGAACCGGGUUAUGUCGUCGGAAACUUCUGGAGAUGAGCAGGUACGAUCCACGACCUCCUCCCCCAGCGGCUUUCAGCCGGAGCCAGCGGCGGUGGUGGCGUGGGCGUCGCCGGGAAGCAGCGGCGGGGCCUCGGAGCUGGCAGAGGAGAACAACCGUCUGCGACGGGAGAACAAACAGCUCUCGCAGGAGCUCGGCCAGAUGAAGAGCCUCUGUACCAACAUCAUGCAGCUGAUGGCCAAAUACGCCCUAUUCCGGAAGAACGGCGCGGCAGCGACGACCGCCGUCAGCGGCGGUGGAGGAGCGUCAGCGGCUCCGCCUCUGGAGGCGGGUGGCAGUUCCGGAGAGCGGGGUAGCACGAGGCUCUUCGGCGUCUCGAUCGGGUUCAAGCGGAACCGCGGAGAAGACGGUGGCGUGGCAUCGACAUCCGCGGCCGUGAUGGGAGACGACGGAAUGGUUCCGGUGCUGGGCCGUUCGGCGAGCGGAUAGCAAGUCCUGGUCACGUGCGAGUCGAAGACGUUGACGACUCGGUCGGAUCCGAAGCUGAGUCGCCGCCUUCCCUUGGUUUCUCGUUAGGAGCGGAUUAAGCUAAGCAUAAUGUCAGCUUAAGCGUUUCGCGGGUGUGAAGGCAAGACUAAGUACUUUCGCUCACUCUUGUACGAAACGGUGAAUCACAACCAUGUGCUGGGUAAGUAUAGUACCAGUAAUGGGGAUGGUUGUACUCUUUCGUGAAACGUUGACCACAGUUGACCAA